AUCUGCUUUCUCGCCGAACAGGAGAAACAGAUCAGCUUUGACGCUUCUCUCUGCGAUGAGGUGCUGCAAGCUCUGGACAGCGUGCUGCAUGUGCUGCUGCGUCUUCCGCCACACUCCGCCACCCUCAACCUGAUGAUCAUCUUGCAGGCCCUGCUGCCCUGCGCCAAAUCUGAGUGGCUGAGAGUGCGCCAGUGUGCCAUGGGGAGGAUUGCCAACCUGAGCAAAGUCCUAGUCCCUGCUUCUCUGAUAGCGAGCUCGCCUCGAUACAGUGAAAGCAGGGACAGCGAUCGCUCCAUACAAAAACAGUCCAAGAAGCUCAUGGGGCAGCUGUUGGGGAACCUCAUCCUGGGCUGUGCCGAGGAGGACCAGGACAUCAGGCGUGACUCUGUGGAGGCUCUGCAUGGCAUCCACAGGAUCCUGGCAAUGCGAGAGAGUUACAAGUUUGGACAUGCCAAUCUCCAACUGUAUGCGGAGGGUGAAUGCUGGGACUUUUUCUGUGCCCAGUAUGCUGCUCUGAAUACACUGGUAGUGGGCAGCUGGCUCUGCCCCAGCGAGAUGGGAGACUUCAUCCUAACCAUCCUGCAGGGCAUAACGCAGCCAAGGGUCUCUGACACCGACGUGGUUGCCAGGACGUUGGAUGCGGUCCUGAAAGAUGCGGACCGUCAGCUCUCGAACGUGCCACUGAUCGUGCAGAGCAUCUAUGACCACCUCACGUCGGACUGUGAGGAGUCGCUCCGGGACAUCGCGAUCCGGACCCUUCAGCAGAUGACUCGCUUGAACCCACAGUGUGUGGUCAGCUCCGUGCUGCGUGACAUCCCAUGGUCUUCUGCAAUCAUGUGGCAGACGAUGGUCUCCGAACCCAGCCUUGCAGAGGUCGUGCUGGAGACCCUGCUGCAGAAAUGGCCAAAGCCCAGGCACGAUGGCCUUGGCCCGGGCCACAACUGCACCGGUUACCUGGCAAUAAGUCACGCCCUGCACGCGAUCCUCCAUCUGCCCUCCACUGAAGACUCUGCUUGGCAGCUGAUCCACAAGCUGUACGUAGGGAUGCUCUUCCAGAUCUUCUUCAUGCUGCAGUGCAAACAGCGUGGCUGCUUCAGUCCGAUCGCCAAUGAUGAGGACAUGUCGCCUGUGAACAUCAUCAGGCAUGCGGUGGAGAGCAUGAGAGCUCUUUUCCAGCACCUGAGGAGUGACGGUCUGGUGGAGGACAUAGAGCAGCAGGGUGGCUGGGACAUGCUUAUGAGCCUUGACACCUACCACACAGGCGUGGCUGUGCUGACCAGGGCGCUGCGAAGCACAGCACUGCUCUGCUGUCCCAGUGUGUUUGAAGAAACAGUCACAACUCUCGCGCACAGACAGGAGCACAAGGAGAUCGGGACCAUGGCUGUGUUCGCUGAGCUGCUGCAGUGCGUUAACAUCACUGACAUCGUGGAGUAUGUUAAUGGCUACAGCAUCCCGAGCCUGCUCCAGUCACACCUGAAGAGUCAGAACUCAGUGCUGCGUGACUUGGCUACCACCAGCCUGGUCAGGCUGUCUGUGAUACCCGCGAUGGCAGUAACUCUGCAAGACCUGCUGCCAGAGAUCACGGAGCAACUGCAAGAUGCCCACAGCAUCAUCGGUGUGAAGUCUGUGACUGUCCUCCACAACAUGCUGCACCUGGCAGACCGACAGAAGGCGGUGCCCACUGCCCUGCAGCUGCCUGAGCUCCUGCUGCCCUUCUUCUUAAACGAGUCCGCCCAGACAAGGCAGCGCUCCAUCCUUCUCUGUAAGGAUGCCAUGGAGGUUGCAGGGGACACCCACACAGUGGAGAUUAAGAAGGAAGUGUGCAACAUCCUCGUGCCUCUCUUCUUCCACCUGCAUGACGAAGACCAGAGCGUGGCUCAGGCCUCCUGGGAAGCCCUUCUUUGUGCGGCCAAGCUGCUGAAACACAGGCACCUCAGCUAUCUGCUGAAGACAGCGCAGCCGAAGAGGAUCGGCGAGUGCCUGCUGGUGGGCCACGGCAGCAGAGCAGAUCAGUUCCUGGAGCAGAGCCUGUCCUACCUGUGCAGCCCCCAGGAACCACUGCAACGGGCAGCCGUCAGGUUCAUUGGGCUUGCCGGGCGACACCUGAGAAAUGGGCGUGAGGAGAAGCUGAACACCGCCAUUGAGGCCCUGAGAAGUUUGAAGAGCACCAGCAGCCCUUCUGUUUCCAUCCUGCUGGCUGAAACCAUCCAGCUCCUGAGAACAACGCCUGUAAUCAGCACCCAGCAAGCUCUUUGUUACCGGCUCAGAAGUGUGUGGGAGAGGAGGCUGCACUCCCUAAGAGCUGUCUGGCUGUGCUACUCUGGCUGAGCUCAGGGCUGCCCCCAGCUCCAGCCCUGAGGCCCUGCACACCCCUUCGUGUGCUCCUUGCUGGCUCCUCUGCUGGCUUCCCUGAAAGACAGCCAGCCUUCUUGCUUCACCGUGCUGUUACUGAAGGAAACCAGUGCACCAUCAUCUUCACUCGCAGUA